CUCCUCCCCCUUCAGCGUCUCUGUCUUUCCCUCGGCCCGGGUUGGAUGCGCUCGGCGCUCGGCUCUCCCGCCUGACUCCCCGCUCUCCCCAGCCCAGGCUUCUCCUGCUCACUGAACGGCCGGUGACAGCGGCUCCGGCGGAAGGAAGAUGGCGGCCGAGGGCAUGAUCCUUACUAAUCACGACCACCAAAUCCGCGUCGGGGUGUUGACAGUGAGCGACAGUUGUUUCAGGAACCUCGCAGAAGAUCGUAGUGGCAUAAACCUUAAGGAUUUAGUCCAAGAUCCUUCAUUAUUGGGUGGGACGAUAUCAGCGUAUAAGAUUGUGCCAGAUGAAAUAGAAGAUAUUAAGGAAUCAUUAAUAGACUGGUGCGAUGAAAAAGAACUUAACUUGAUUCUUACAACAGGAGGAACUGGGUUUGCUCCAAGAGACGUAACACCAGAGGCCACAAAAGAAGUAAUAGAACGGGAAGCCCCAGGAAUGGCCUUGGCAAUGCUUAUGGGAUCCCUCAAUGUUACACCCCUUGGAAUGCUGUCUAGACCAGUGUGUGGAAUCAGAGGCAAGACUCUUAUCAUCAAUUUACCAGGGAGCAAGAAAGGUUCACAGGAAUGCUUUCAGUUUAUACUGCCAGCCCUACCUCACGCUAUAGACCUUUUGAGGGACGCCAUUGUAAAAGUAAAAGAAGUUCAUGAUGAGUUGGAAGAUUUGCCCUCUCCGCCACCUCCACUGUCUCCUCCACCAACGACAAGUCCUCACAAACAGACAGAAGACAAAGGGGUGCAGUGUGAGGAAGAGGAGGAAGAGAAAAAAGACAGCGGUGUUGCAUCAACAGAAGAUAGUUCAUCUUCACACAUAACACCAGCAACAAUUGCAUCAAAGACCUAUCCAUCCAUCAGACCCUCAAGUCAUUCUAAAGUUCACAAGAUCCCAGAACACAGUUGUUCCCAUCAUUCUUCCAUCAAUGCAUCAGAAAUGACCCAUCCAAGCAUUUCUCAUCGAGAUAAAGGUCACAGGAUCCUAGAACACAGUUGUUCCCAUCAUGCAUCCAUCAGUGCAGCGGCAUUGAUUCAUCCUCCCUGCACCAACCUUGCUGAAAUCAUGGCUAAAGGUCAUACCCCUGUCCCGGGUGUCCAUCAAACUACAGCCAGUGCUGAGGACCUGAUUCCAGAUUCCAUAAUCUCUCGUGGGGUGCAGGUACUACCACGAGAUACGGCAUCACUUAGUACCACCCCCUCUGAAUCACCGCGGGCGCAGGCAACAUCAAGGCUUUCCACUGCUUCCUGUCCAACGCCAAAACAAAUUAAACAGCCGGAUGAAAGCAAAGGCGUUACUAAUAGAGUUGGAUCCUUCAAACUUCAUCGAAAACUGGAGAAUCUCAGAGAUCACCUGCAAGGCAAUGACAAAGGAUACUCUCUCCGAGUAAAUGCUCGGCUUCCUUCCUGCUCAUCCACCUAUAGUGUUUCGGAGGACAUUUGGAUUGCUGCCCCCUCCUUUUCUCAGCUCCACUAUAAAUUGGAAGGGCUUAAAGAUGAACUCAGGAGGAGUAGAGGCUGCGAAACAAGAGUCCAAUCCAGAUGUAGCAGCAAGGAAAACAUCCUCAGAGCCAGUCACAGUGCCGUUGACAUCACUAAGGUAGCCAGAAGACACCGCAUGUCUCCGUUUCCUUUAACAUCCAUGGAUAAAGCCUUCAUUACAGUCCUGGAGAUGACUCCAGUUCUAGGGACUGAAAUAAUAAAUUACAGAGCUGAUCGCAGAGAGGAUCAGCAGCCAGAUUUGCGAGGAUCUGCUUGUCAACAGGGGCGGUGUUGUCCAGUUUGUACAUUAACAUCUCCAGUGGAUUCACACAUGGACCACUUCUUGCAAGAGAGUACAGUUCAAUAUGGCAUGGGCCGCGUCCUGGCUCAAGAAGUAUACGCAAAGGACAACUUACCACCGUUUCCUGCAUCGGUGAAGGAUGGGUAUGCAGUAAGAGCUGCGGAUGGCCCUGGAGAUCGUUUCAUCAUUGGCGAGUCUCAAGCCGGUGAACAGCCAACCCAGACGGUGAUGCCAGGGCAAGUCAUGAGGGUCACAACCGGUGCUCCGAUUCCUUGUGGUGCAGAUGCAGUGGUGCAAGUGGAAGACACCGAGCUGAUCAGAGAAUCAGACGAUGGAACAGAAGAACUGGAAGUCCGUAUAUUGGUGCAAGCCCGUCCAGGCCAAGAUAUUAGACCUAUUGGCCAUGACAUCAAAAGAGGGGAGUGUGUACUGGCCAAAGGCACACACAUGGGCCCCUCAGAAAUCGGCCUGCUGGCGACUGUCGGAGUCACAGAAGUUGAAGUCCACAAGUUCCCAGUAGUUGCAGUUAUGUCAACAGGAAAUGAGCUGUUAAAUCCUGAAGACGAUCUUAUGCCAGGUAAAAUUCGUGACAGCAAUCGCUCUACUCUUCUAGCAACAAUUCAGGAACACGGCUACCCGACCAUCAACUUGGGUAUUGUGGGAGACAACCCAGAUGACUUAUUAAAUGCCUUAAAUGAAGGUAUCAGCCGUGCUGAUGUUAUAAUCACUUCAGGAGGUGUAUCCAUGGGAGAGAAGGAUUACCUUAAGCAGGUGCUGGAUAUUGAUCUCCAUGCACAAAUCCACUUUGGUCGAGUAUUCAUGAAGCCAGGCCUGCCUACCACCUUUGCCACCUUGGACAUUGAUGGUGUUAGAAAAAUCAUAUUUGCACUCCCAGGCAACCCUGUCUCAGCAGUAGUUACCUGUAAUCUUUUUGUUGUACCAGCACUAAGAAAGAUGCAGGGAAUCCUGGAUCCAAGACCUACAAUCAUCAAAGCCAGGUUAUCUUGUGAUGUUAAGUUGGAUCCUCGCCCAGAGUAUCAUCGCUGCAUACUUACAUGGCAUCACCAAGAGCCACUGCCUUGGGCACAAAGUACAGGUAAUCAGAUGAGCAGUCGCCUGAUGAGUAUGCGCAGUGCCAACGGACUGUUGAUGCUACCUCCAAAGACAGAGCAGUAUGUGGAACUUCACAAGGGAGAGGUGGUGGACGUCAUGGUCAUCGGACGGCUAUGAUGACAAACGCAAGAGAAGAAGAAGCAUUGAUGCAUGUCCACAUAUCAUUGACUGUAUCCUGUAAUAUGCAACGGCACAGCUAGUUUUUAUGAUUUGGAUAAAGUUGAUCAGUGUAGUCAACAUCUUGAACUAAAUUUCCAAAAUUGACUUUGAGGAGAAAAAAAAAAAUUGAAAAAAAUAUAUAUAUAUAUAUCUUUUUUUUUUUUUCCAAAAAAAAAAACCUUAAAAAAAAAAAAACUUCUAAAAAAACAAAAAAAAAAAAAAACCUACUCUUAUAAAACCUUAUUCUGAUUAUAUCAAGGCAACUUUUCCUUCAUUGCAAUUGCUUUGUGUGUUAAAAUGCUAGGUCUAAUAGCGGUAGCUUUUAGUAGACAGCAGUAGAUGCCUGCAAAAGUUGUGUUUCUCUCAUCCUUAAAGUACAAAUACUUAAGCUCUUAAUCAAGGCUGUCUGCUUACUUUAUACUAGCUUAGAUGACACUGCUGUUUCCCUUCUCAGUAUGCUUCAUAACCGCUUCACAAGAGAGCGCUGCUUGUUCUUUAUCUUGUAUAACGUGUUGAUGUGCACAGUGCCAAAAGCUAAAGUGGUUGCGUCUGGAUCGAAGACUCCCCCAUCUUCUUAACAAGGAGGAGAGACGUCCCGGCAAUCACUCCGCUCAGUACUAUUGGGCAGUAACUGAAUACCUUUUUUCUUUGAAAAAAACAAAAAAAAAACAAAAAAAAAAAAAUUGCUUCCUUAAGUGCUGACAGCCUUUUUAACCAAUACAUUUAAAAAAAAAAAAAUGUACAGAAAAAAAAAAAUCAAAAACUGAUCUUGUACAGAUUACAGUGUACCAGCUUUCAUGUGGAAAAAAAAGAAGCAAAGAAAAUAUUGAAGAACUCUGUACCAUAACAUUUUCUGUAAUGAUAUCGAAACAAGAUGAAUUAAAUCCUUGACCAUUAUUUAAAAAAAAAAAAUAAAAUCUGUU